UCAUAUGACCGCGGCCGCUUCUGCCUGCAAAGAUGGCGGACAAGUUGCCCUCGGAAUUUGACGUGGUGGUCAUAGGAACAGGUUUGCCUGAAUCUAUCAUUGCAGCUGCAUGUUCAAGAAGUGGCCAGAGGGUUCUGCAUGUGGAUUCGAGAAAUUACUAUGGUGGAAAUUGGGCAAGUUUUAGUUUCUCAGGAUUAUUGUCCUGGAUAAAAGAGAACCAGGAAAAAGCUGAUCUGUGUGAGGAAAGCACAGCCUGGAAACAGUUGAUCCUUGAAAAUGAAGAAGUAAUUCCUAUCAACCAGUUGGACCAAACCAUUCAGCAUGUGGAAGAUUUCUGCUAUGCCAGUCAGGAUUCAGCUGAAGAUGUGGAAGAGGCAGGUGCGCUGUCCAAAUUCAAUGCCUCAGUUACCUCUGCUUCCGGUGAGGUUGCAGUGGAACCCUUCACCCCACCAGAGGUUGGGAUUGAGUGUUGUCCAUUGGAGGAUCAGCCUUCGGAGUCCAAAGGUGAAGAAACAUGCCCCAAGAUCGUUGCAGGAAGUGAUCCCGAGCAUUCAGCUGGAAAGGAUGGUGUAGAAGUGACAUCUGUGGGGGAAAUACACAGAGACUGUGCAACGUCCGUUCAGUCAGUGCUGGAAGUAGAAAAUAACGAAUCUGCAUCAGUAACAGAAGCUGCAGUUGAAUCAGGGAAAAUUACAUACCCCCAAUUAGUUAAAGAUGGGAGGCGCUUUAAUAUUGAUUUAAUUUCUAAGCUACUGUACUCUCGAGGAUUGUUGAUUGACCUCCUAAUUAAGUCAAAUGUGAGUCGAUAUGCCGAGUUCAAAAACGUCACCCGGAUCCUUGCAUUUCGGGAAGGGAGAGUGGAACAGGUACCAUGCUCCAGAGCUGAUGUCUUCAACAGCAAACAAUUAACUAUGGUGGAAAAGAGAAUGCUGAUGAGAUUUCUGACAUUUUGCCUAGACUUUGACCAGCACCCUGAUGAAUAUCAAGCUCUGAAAGAGUGUAAAUUUUCAGACUACUUAAAAACCCAGAAGCUAACUCCCAACUUGCAGCAUUUCAUCCUGCAUUCCAUUGCAAUGGUCUCGGAGGCCGAUUGCUGCACCAUAGAUGGGCUGAAGGCAACCCAGAAGUUCCUCCAGUGCCUUGGCCGUUAUGGCAACACUCCAUUCCUAUUUCCUCUGUAUGGCCAAGGAGAGAUCCCACAGUGCUUUUGUCGGAUGUGUGCCGUAUUUGGCGGCAUCUAUUGUCUUCGCCACUCCGUACAGUGCCUUGUAGUGGACAAAGAAACCAGAAGGUGCAAAGCAGUCAUAGAUAAUGUUGGGCAGCGAAUAAGUGCCAAAUACUUUGUUGUGGAAGAUAGUUACCUUUCGGAGAAAAUAUGUGCAAAUGUGUCAUACAGACAGAUCUCUAGAGCAAUUCUCAUUACUGAUCGAUCAAUAUUGAAGUCCAGCUCAGAUCAGCAGAUAUCCAUUUUGACUAUUCCACCUAUGGAGUUAGGCCAGCCGGCCACCUGCCUCAUAGAACUCUGUUCUUCAGCAAUGACGUGCAUGAAAAAUACACAUUUGGUUCAUUUAACAUGCUCUUCCGUUAAAACUGCUAAAGCAGAUUUGGAACCUGUUGUGAAGCAGUUAUUUAGUGACACCACAGAAGCAGCAAGCGAAGGCACAGAUGAAGGGCAAAAGCCUCAGAUUCUCUGGCUGGUCUAUUUCAACAUGCGAGACUCAUCCGGUGUAGACAGGACUUCGUAUGAAAAUGUACCCUCGAACAUCUACAUUUGCUCUGGGCCAGACCCUGCCUUAGGAAAUGAUUGUGCUGUCAGACAGGCUGAAGCCAUUUUUCAGGAGAUGUUUCCCAAUGAGGAAUUUUGUCCACCACCUCCAAAUCCAGAAGAUAUCAUCUAUGAUGGAGAUGGCACUCAGCCAGAAGAUCCCGGAUUCGGUAAUCCAUCAGAGGACAAAUCAGAGAGUUUGCCUGAAAAGAGCAUUGAAGAGAAAGAAGGAUCCCCAGUAGAGUGAGCCAACAGGAAAGCCGGAACUGAAUCCAUGUCACCAUGGACUCUGAGCCAACCUAAAGGAUAACCAAAUGAUAGUCUAAUGUGAUACGUAAUUCUGGCAAUUGUGGUGGGACUUCACCGAGUUGUUUCAUAGUCCACAUUGAAUUGGAAUGGGAGAGUCCUGUCUGCACACUGAAAUGCGCAGGCUUUGCUCAUCUCCCCUAGAAAUGUAUGCUAGUGUUUUGUAAAUAAGGCUUUCCUUUGUUCUGUGGAGUCACAGUUUGCCAAAGUCAACAGUGAUACAGCCAUUGGUUCACUUUAAAAAGUGCGCAUGUGUGUGCGUGCGUGUUGUGGGGACCAUUUCCACUGUCAGAUGACAGCUCUUAUGGUAGAUCAGAGAGCUUGCACUUCAAACUCAAUGCCUGUUGUCAAUGAUCCAGUGGAAGUCUUCAUCGCAAGGAAUGGGUUCGAGUAUUUAUGUCAUUUUGCUUGGCUUGUUAUGCAGAAUACUGUUCAAGUGGCUUCGAAGCUGUCCUAUCAUAUGCUCAGUAAAAAUAAAAUCGAUAUCCUUGCCUUCUUGGAAAUGUUGCCUGGUAGCACUUUAACAUUUUAAUCACUUUCAGGAAAUUUGUUGCUGGUGUCCAUAAUCAGCCAAAGAAAAAAGUUGACUUGUUUAUCACUCAGAGUGCUGAGUAAUAACCAAAAUGGCUCUGAUCCUUUCCCAUACAGCUACAUUAUAUGUGGAGGGGGUCUCAUAAAGCUGAACAGAACUUUAUUUCUCCCAACUAUUGCUUGGUGCAUUGACAUCAGUGUGCGUACAGGCAGCCAACUGGAGCAGUUCAGGAAAUGUGUGUAAAGGAGUUAUCCUCAAAUCGAUCAAGACACAUGUUACAUUGGAUGGAGAAAUGUUCUGUUAAACCUUUUAGGAAUAUCUUUAUCCACAGAUAGUGCACUUAUACAGGGAGGCAUCCUGCCUUGUUUGAAUACUCAUGAAUAUAAACUGAGAUUAAGGCAAUGGUUUUACAGAUUAAUAGAAUCUAGACUCUGUCCUGGUCUGUCUUCACAGCAAUGGUAUCUCUAAGAGCAGCACAGGCUUCCUUCUCCAUCCAGGUGAACAGUAACCAUUCAUUCAACAAGGAGACACCCAAGGAAUGAUAGACAAUGGAGGGCCUCAACUCCCAGAUGUUAAGAAUCAAAUCUACCCCUUCCUGAAUGGCCCCAUCCAUUGUUUUAUUUUAUGUUCUUACUAGAGUAAGACAAAAUGUUGGAAGCUGGGUUUUCUAGAUAUCUUAGAUGAUCAACCUCUGGCUCAGUGCUAGGAAUCUAAAAAUGUCCAUGGUUGAGGUUGCAAUCAUAUGAUGUUUAGACAGACAGAAGUUCUACCACUGCUAGCAUUCUAGCACAGUUUUCUGCCUAAACAUUCUUAAGAUCAUAGGAGUAGUCAAAAUUAGUAAAGUGCUUUAUUGUUGAUCCUUCAAAUGGUUCUGACUAGUAUCUGUAACAUUCCCAUUUUAGAGAUAAGAGACAGGUUGAAAACAAGCAGCCUAGAAACAGUGGAAAACCCAUGAAUUUUGUUGUGUAAAAUCUAGAUGCCAUUUCAAGCUGCUAUGCAAACUUGCUGUGCCAGUGUUUUAAAAGUGCAGCUCAAACCAGUAAUUCCAUUAAAGGUCGGUCUCCCGUUUGUAAGGAAGAUGGCUAAAACUGCUCCAAGAUUGGACCCUUCAUUCUUCGAGUCCACCUGGGUGAGGACUUUGAGCCGCAAUAAUCGAUGCAUUCUAUCAACACAACAAAUGUGUUCAGCAUAGUAAAACAAGUGCAGCUGUAUCUCUGGUUAAACAAUGUACCUGUAUUGUUGCUGAGAUUCAUUCUGGUUGCUAUGUAGUGGUUCUUGUGAUGCUUGCAAUUAAGCUGUUAUUUAUGGCAGAUAAAGGAAAACCUGCCUCUUUCCAUUUCUCGGUGCUGUUUCUAUGCAUAAAUCAGAAAGCAUGAAUGUAGCCCAAUUAUAUUUCGAUAUUUAGAGGUCAAACAAGAAGGGACUGUUUUCAGGAUCUUUCAGCAAAAAGGAUCUGAUGGAGACUCUUUUUCUUUAUUUGGAAAUGAACUUUAUAAUAUGAAAAUUAAAGGUUUGCUUGCAAGAGAA